AUGGGGUCUGAGCGGGUGGAGAUGGGGAAAUGUCCCGAACAGGACACUGGAAAUGCCGUCCAGAUGCCUAUCACUUCUUCCAACAAAGAUAUGCAGGACAACGUGAACAGGUACACUAUUGGCUGGCUGAACGCCCCUCCAAACGCUUGCUGCUUCUGCUGGUGCUGUUGCUGUAGCUGCUCCUGUCUUACAGUAAGACCUUCUAAGGAAGAAAAGAUUCAGGAGAAUAUGCACGAAAAUGAAAUACAAAAGGAAUUUGCAGUCGAGGAACCAGCUGGUCCAACACUAGAGGAGGCCCAAUCGUGGGCGAAAUCAUUCGAGCACUUGAUUAAGAGCCCGAAUGGCCGGUCCAAUUUCCGUCAGUUCCUUAAGAGCGAGUUCAGCGAGGAGAACCUGCUGUUCUGGCUGGCUUGUGAGGACUUAAAGAAACAGACCAACCGAACUGUGGUGGAAGAGACUGUUAAACAAAUAUAUGAGGACUAUGUCUCUGUGCUGUCACCUAGAGAGGUGAGUCUGGAUUCACGUGCACGGGAGGUGAUUAGCAAGAACAUGAUGGAUCCGUCCUCACAAACUUUUGAUGAGGCACAGCAGCAAAUAUACACGCUCAUGCAGCGAGACUCGUAUCCUCGUUACAUGGGCUCCAGCAUUUAUGCAGACCUCAUUGCAAGUUUGGAAGCAGCUAAAACAGCUGAGGAGUCCUAACACACAGGCACAUAGACUCACAUAUAUACAUAUUACACACACACACACAC